ACACCUUUUCACCCAAACACUUUUGGUUUCCUCACUCCUCUCCUGUGUGAGAGUGUAUAUUUGAUUUGUCUGUCCCACCAACACCGUCACCAUGCCAAGCACCAUCCGCCGGCAGAUGAAGAACAUGGUCAACAACUACUCUGACGCAGAGAAGAAGGUCAGAGAGGCCACCUCCAAUGACCCCUGGGGCCCGUCGUCCUCGCUCAUGUCCGAGAUCGCUGAUCUGACUUACAACGUGGUGGCCUUCAGCGAAAUCAUGAACAUGAUCUGGAAACGUCUCAACGACCACGGCAAGAACUGGCGCCACGUCUACAAGGCGCUCACCCUACUGGACUACCUGAUCAAGACGGGCUCGGAGCGCGUGGCGCUGCAGUGCAAAGAGAACAUCUUCGCCAUCCAGACACUGAAGGACUUUCAGUACAUCGACCGAGACGGAAAAGACCAGGGCAUCAACGUCAGAGAGAAGAGCAAGCAGCUAGUGAUACUUCUCAAGGAUGAGGACCGUCUGAAAGGAGAAAGGUCUCAAGCUUUGAAGACCAAAGAGCGUAUGGCCCAGGUGUCUACAGGGAGCACUCAGAUGGGCUUUGGCCGAGGCUCAUCCCAGCCCAACCUCUCCACUUCUUACAGCGAAGAGUAUGGGAGAUCAGAGGGCUCGCCCGCCUCCUACCACGGCUCAACAUCUCCCAAUGCGGGCUCAGAGCUGGAGCAGGCCAGACCUCAGACCAGUGGAGAGGAAGAGCUUCAGCUGCAACUCGCCCUGGCCAUGAGCAGAGAAGCUGCAGAGCAGGAGGAGCGCAUACGCAGAGGAGACGAUCUGCGACUACAGAUGGCCUUGGAGGAGAGCAAGAAGGAAGGCCCAGGGUCGGCUAAACUGCCCAAGAAGAAGAGAGAGCCACAGUCAUCUCUGAUGGAUCUGAUGGAUGUCCCUGAGCCCAGUCCCAGCGUUGACCCCUGGGGGGCGGGGGCUGGGGCCGGAGCCGGAGCCGGAGCCGGAGCUGCUGCUGCUUCAGCAGACCCAUGGCAGUCUUACGGGUCUGUACCUAAGCCUGCAGCCCCGGUGGACCCAUGGGGCGCCCCUCCUUCUGUCCCACCAUUGAAGAGUAGUGAUCCCUGGGCGCCCGGCUCCACUCCUGCCUCCGACCCCUGGAGCUCUGCAGCGGCCCGUCCCAAGACUUCCAACACAGGUAGCUUUGACCUGUUCACUGCAUCCAAUGGUACGUCCAAAGAAGACUUCUCAGAGUUUGACAGCCUGCGCUCUUCCUCCUCUGUCCCCACUGGCGAUGGAGGCAUAGCGUCCUCCGUCCCCUCCCAAGUCAGCCUGGCGAGCAGCGGCAGCCUGGACCUGUUCGACCCCCUGCCCACCUCCACAUCGUCUGUCACCACACUCCCAACCAGGAAAACUCCAGAGUCCUUCCUGGGGCCCAACGCCGCCCUGGUCAACCUGGACUCCCUGGUGACCAAACCGGCUCAGCCUGCGCCGGUGGUCAACCCGUUCCUGGCUUCAACAGGCGGCUCUGCUCCAGCGCCCCACGCCAACCCCUUCCAAGUGAGCCAGCCAGCGCCGCCGACCCUCAACCAGAUGCGCGUCAGCCCGAUGCCCUCCGGCUUCGCCUCCAUGGCCGAGCCCAUGUCGGUGCCCGCUCAGCCCAUGGCCAUGGUCCCCCUGGCCGGGAUGACCCCCAUGGGUCACUCCAUGCCCGGGAUGGGGGUGGGCGGGGUGGGGCCCGGCGCGGGGAUCCCGGCCUCCAUGUCCAUGCCCCAGCCCCUGAUGAGCAUGCCCCCCCAGGCCGGGGCGCAGCCCGCCGGGACCACCAACCCUUUCCUCUUGUGAGACCGCUCACAGCCUCAACUCUGGCUCCGAUAAGGCUUCAAAUGAACAAAGAGAAGUCUUAUCCCAUUUACCUGUUUAUAACCGAGUCCUAGCCGGGUUCCUGUACCGUACCACACCCUGCCCCCCCCACCCCCCCACCCCCAGCCCCCCCACCCCCUUCCUCCUCCUCCUCCUCUCUAUGCUACAAGCUGCCUCGUCCUGUGUGUCCCAAACUGAUCUGACCACAAACAGUUUGCAUCUGUCCACAGACUUUGUGAGAGUAGCAGUGGUGUUUACAAGUUUUUCCACUGAUUGAGGACAGGGCCCCGCCGUGCCCCCCACCACCACCACCACCACCACCCCCCCCCACCCCAUCACUCGCCCGCUCUCCCUCACCUCUCCUGUUAGGACCUGCUCCCUUCCUCUUCUGCGGUGGAGUGACAGGAGAGUCUGACUGUACUAAUGCCAGGAUCUUAUCUCUUCAGUAGAGCUAAUCUUUUAUAAGCCCUGUCAGCUGGUGUGUGAGUGUGUGUGCGCGCGCACGCGCGUUUGUGUGUGUGCACAUCUCAGUACUUUUACACUGUGUAUAUUCCAGUGAGUUUUACUUACACACACUGGAGUAAGGAUGAGAAAUGGUCAGAUGUGUUUAUACUCUGUGUACGUGUGAGUGAGCAUGUUACAAAGCAGGAAUUUUGCACAAUUAUUUUUCUUUUCUUUUUUUUUUUUCUUUCUUUCUUUCUGCGACUGUUGGGCUCACCUUUACACCUUAGAUUAGGGACGCCGCUAAAACAAAACCGACUGGGAUGACACACACACACACACACACACUGCCUCGGCCCUUGGUACCACUCAGUCACAGCUCUUGUCUGGUUCACACCACCACACACACACACACACACACUCUGAACUCUGACCUGAACGGGUCACAGGAUGAACAGUGGACGCUUCUCAGAGGAGAUGAAUGCCCCGAAGGGCUAAAAAGAUGAGAACUUUUAGUUUUUUUUUGUUUUUUUUUUUGUUUUGUUUUUUUAAGCAGGUGAACUGUUCCUGCUCGGAUCCGUGUUAUUCGUCCUGUUGCUUUUCGAGGAAAAGACCAGAACUGUGACGGCGUCAGUGUUUUGUUACGGGGAUGCGGUGAGGCUUCAGGGGCGUUUCUUUCAAGUUUGUUUCUAGGGUCAAAGGGAUGAGGGAGGGGUGUGUGUGUGUGUGUGUGUGUGAGAGAGAAGUUUGCAUGAGUUACAUUUAACUUCCAAGUGUACUUUAACAAGCAGGCUCCCCCCUUUUCUCUCUAGUUAGUGGAAAAUUGACUUGUGUAACUCAAAGCAGCAACGUUUAGGCAGACGCAGCCUUAAAUGUGUGUGUGUGUGUGUGUGUGUGUGUGUGUGUUUGCGGCCGUACGUCAGCAGGUGAUGAGCCUGCAGAGAAAGUUUAAAGGGCACAUCAGCCACUCAGCAUUGUGAAGAGUUUACCGUCGACUGGAUUUGCCGUGGUUAAUCUAUCCCCAAGAACAUUACCGAGCCAACACACACACUCACUCACACACACACACACACACACACUCUUUUCUCCAACACGGGCUGUUCCAGCAUCAGUGUGUUAGCACAGGGAAUCCCUCAUGUCUUUAUUUUGUCAGUUACUUUCUGUGUAUUUACUCAUUAGAUGUAAAUCCAUAGCCAAGCCUCUGAGUCCUAGUUAAGCCAUGUGUCAUUUUGUUUUGUUUUUUUUUUCUUUCUCACCCUAUGGGUAGGCUUUGUAUUUCUCUUCUCUUAGAAGCACAACUGUUACCAAAGUCAUACGACUGUGAUUUCUGAGGACGCCGUGCUCGGGAGUGUUUUCAGCCGAGGCCCACACUUGUCAGUUUUUCUCCCCCGUUUCUGGUGAUGGGAGACUCCCUUUUCCUCAAAUCUUUUAUAUUUCAGAGCCGUUUUACAGUUUUGUUCCGAGUUUGUAUAAGAAAGUGUUACUUUUGGUGAAAAAUCAGCACAUUUCCAAGUUUUGAGUUGAGGAGCUUCACAUGAGAUGAAAUCGUUUCCUGUUCCAGUCACUGUCUUCACUUCACUGCCAAUUGUUGUUACUGUGGAAGGCUUGUUGUUUUACUGGUAUUGCGAUGGCUGGCGCCCCCUUGUGGUCUGUAGUGGUAUGAUAGCUACACCGCAGGACCGUGGAGAUUUCCAUUGAACAGACCUUCAGUUACUCUCAGGCAAAAGGAGGGGCAGCUCCAGCAGUGUGUUUGAAUUUUUUUUUUUUUUUUUUUUUUUUGAGGGUGGUGGUGUUUUUUUUUUUUUUUUUUUUUUUAAGCUUGGGGUCCCGAAUGAAUGAAUGAAUGAACGAAUGGAUGUGACACUUUGCAGACCAGCAAACAUUUUUAAUCUCUACUACAUAUAUGCAAAAAAAAUUGGAGUAGGAAAAGUGGGUUGAAACAUAAAAGAAAAGAAAAAAAAAAAAGAUACGACUUUUAACGCUUGACAUUGUUUGGCGAAGGUAGAUUUUGCUAACGGAGUCUUUUGUUUAAAGAAACGCUACUACGAUACUCUAGCUGAGACGUGUCACUUACUCACCGGCCUUUACUUCACUGUGGCCUGACCUUAAACUCUCCUCCAGCGGUUGUUGGGGGGGGG